GCCGGGAGCGCGCCCGCUCACUGCCCACAGGUAAAAGUUUUCCUCGGCGGGCUGUUUCCCGCGCACACCGGAGCGAACCAGCCAACUGGCGCUCAUCGACGGAUUUGAACCAGUCCACGUUCUUGGAAUGACACCUCGCUGAGCUGCUGUGAUGAGAUCCUCUAUCCUCGGAUCCUUUUGCGCUCUUCUCCUGCUGCUGCGGGAACCUGCGUGCCGUGGGGAUGAGGUGACGUCCGGCACAGUGAACCCAUGCUGCUAUUUGCCGUGUCAGCACUGGGGUGUUUGCGUAUGGUAUGCAGAGGACCGCUACGAGUGUGACUGCACCCGCACCGGCUACCAUGGGAAGAACUGCACCAUCCCGGAGUUCUGGACUCGGGUGCGUGACCUCGUGAAACCCGGGCCGGACACGGUGCACUACAUCCUCACCCACUUCAGCUGGCUCUGGGACAUCGUCAACAGCACCUACCUGCGUGAAGUUCUGAUGCGGCUUGUCCUAACAGUGAGGUCCAACUUAAUUCCCAGCCCUCCAACAUACAACUCUAAAUACGGUUACCUCAGCUGGGAAUCCUACUACAACCUGAGCUACUACACUCGGAUUCUUCCGCCAGUCCCGGAAGACUGCCCGACACCUCUGGGUGUCAAAGGUAAAGCUGGGCUGCCAGACCCUGAGCUGCUAGUGGAGAAGCUGAUGAAGAGAAGGACAUUCAGGCCCGACCCGCAGGGCUCCAACCUUAUGUUUGCCUUCUUUGCGCAACACUUCACCCACCAGUUCUUCAAGACCUACAACCGCAUGGGCUUAGGCUUCACAAAGGCCCUUGCGCAUGGGGUGGAUGCGGGGCACAUAUACGGUGAUAACCUGGAGCGGCAACUUCAUCUCCGACUUUUGAAAGAUGGGAAAAUGAAGUAUCAGUUGAUUGACGGCGAGAUGUACCCUCCCUCUGUAGCUGAAGCCCCCGUCAAGAUGAGCUACCCCCCGGGCACGCCCCCCGAGGCCCAGAUUGCUAUCGGCCAGGAAGUAUUUGGACUUCUGCCUGGCUUGGGAUUGUACGCAACGCUGUGGUUGAGGGAGCACAACCGAGUGUGUGACAUCUUGAAAGCCGAGCAUCCUAGCUGGGAUGACGAGCAACUCUUCCAGACCACGAGGCUCAUCAUCAUUGGCGAGACCAUCCGGAUAGUGAUAGAAGAAUAUGUGCAGCACCUCAGCGGCUACAUGCUGCACUUGAAGUUCGACCCCACCCUGCUCUUCCACGCCCAGUUCCAGUACGCGAACCGCAUCGCCCUAGAAUUCAGCCAACUUUACCACUGGCACCCCUUGAUGCCCGACAGCUUCCAUAUCAACGGGGACGAGCUCGCCUACCAGCAGUUCCUCUUCAACACGUCCGUGCUCACCCACUACGGCGUGGACAAGUUGGUCGACGCCUUUUCCCGCCAAGUGGCCGGCCAGAUAGGCGGGGGCCAAAACGUGAACCCUGUGGUGACGCCCGUAGCCGUGAGGACCAUCAAAGAGUCGCGGCAGCUCCGCAUGCAGCCCUUCAACGAGUACAGGAAACGUUUUAACCUCAAGCCGUACACGUCCUUUAAAGAGUUCACAGAUAACGAGGAGAUAGCGCUCACUCUUGAAGAGUUCUACGGCGACAUUGACGCUCUUGAAUUUUACCCUGGCAUGCUGCUGGAGAGGACGCGGCCGGGGGCCAUAUUUGGCGAGAGCAUGAUAGAGAUGGGUGCGCCCUUCUCCCUCAAAGGCCUCCUGGGGAACCCCAUCUGCUCCCCCGAGUACUGGAAGCCCAGUACUUUCGGGGGCCGCGUGGGCUUUGACAUCGUCAACUCGGCCACGCUGAAGAACCUGGUGUGCCUCAAUUCUAGGACGUGUCCUUACGUGGCGUUCCGAGUGCCGCCAGAGGAACAGAGUGUCAGGACGGAUGAGCUAAAUGAAACAACCAUUGCCAUGACGACGCUAGACGACAAGCUCCUUGGAGAGAAGCUGCAGUACUACUACAGCAGCAGCGAGGAUGAAGGCAGCGAUAACGAGAAUGAUGAGAGGGAAUCCAAAACCAUCCGAGAUGGUGCCGCCAACAUGCCUGAGCUUGACUAUAGCGCGGACGGAAGUGCGGUCAACACAGGACCAAAGGGUGUGAUCAAUGACUGGAGGAAGUACAAGCAGCUGGAGGUGGAGCAGAAACAGGAACAGAAGAAGGAAAUGGAGCACCUGAUCAAGAAGCUGUCCAUGACAUGUCGCUCCGACCUGGACCUGGAAAACGACAAACAGAAGCAGAAGGAGCUGCAGGACAAAAUCAAAGGCAAAAUGACCAUGCAGGAGUACAACAUGCUCCGGCAGGAAGAGGACGACGAGGACUUCCUGCAGCAUUACCGCGCGCAACGCAUAGAGGAGAUGCGACGGCAGCUGUGCCGCGGCAAGCGCUUUGAGCGCGUCCAGGAACUUGCCGGCGGCGAGGACUUCUUGGAGGCGUUGGACGAGGAGGACAAGAACACACCGGUCAUGAUCCACAUCUACGAGCCCGACGUGCCCGGCUGCGAGGCCAUGAGCGGCAGCCUGGUGUGCCUGGCGCGCGAGUACCCGCUGGUGAAAUUCUGCAGCGUGCGCAGCUCGACCAUCGGCACCAGCCCGCUCUUCCGGAACGGCGCUCUGCCCGCCCUGCUGGUCUACAAAGGCGGCGAGCUCAUCGGCAACUUUGUGCGGAUCACCGACCAGCUCGGCGACGACUUCUUCGCCGUGGACGUGGAGGCGCUGCUGCAGGAGUACGGCAUGCUGCCCGAUAAGGCGAGCGCCGUGGCUAAGACGCUCCGCAACGGCGCCAUUGUUCAGAGCAACCUAAGCGACGAGGAUUCUGACCUCGACAUAGACUAGAGCGCUUUCUGGCUGAUGUUCUGCAUCCUCUAUUUUUUCCUUUGUAAAUACACACAUUUCCCCCUCAUAUCCCAUGUUUUCUUUUCCUAAAAUUUCUCGUAAAAUUAAUAACUUAUUAGUCAAUAUUAAGAUAUGUUUCCUUUAAAUAACGUUUCAAAUGUUAUUCAGGUUAAACUAUUGACAUUGUUUUAUUUAUCGGUGUAAUGGCGGUCACGAGCUAUGGUGAAUAAACAAAACACCUCAUUUUGAA